CGCCCAGUAUGGAGUCCUAACGGUUUUACUCGCAGUUAACGCUAAAGAAACGUUGCUAUGCAACUGAUCGUCAGCACCGUGGCUCUCUAAGAAUAGACCGUACUUGCGCCAAUCGGGUGAGGAUUGAGUGUGACGUCACCGACUUGUGUGUAAAAUGCCACCACCGCUCAAAGCGUCCGUGGCCACGACUGCUACAGCAAAUGCUGGCAAAGGCACGACAUCGUCAGGCCGCGGAAACACCGGCGUGCAGUCGGACCGUACAACUCACGCGGGAGGAAAUACCGCCUCCAAAACGCUGAACUCUUCAGGCCUGAAAGGAAGUGGGAGCCGGCCCACGGGGGUGCGAGUAAGUGCCACUACCGGCGGCGGCGGCCCCUCCCCCAAAAUUCCAGCCAAAAAUAUGGGAAACGGUGCUAGUGUCACACAGGUGGUCAUCGAUGGGGAAACCUUGGACUUGGUCAAAAUCAAGUUGCUCAUCCCGUCCAUGAGAUCGGAUCUCAAAGACAAGGACGUGAAACUGGCUGUAUAUGAGAAGGAAAUUAAAGAGAAGAAUCGGGUGAUAAAGGAGAAGAACUCUGAGAUUCAGAAAUUAAAAGAAGAAGUGCACAAACUGAAAUCAGUGUUACAGUUGAAGGUGGUCAAUGAGGAUGGCCGGCCGGAUAUAUUGGCCACGAUUCAGGAGGGACCCGCGGUAUCGGAGACCAGGUCCAAAAAGCAAGGCGUGUCUGGGGAGAGCCCUAUGUCAUCUCAGGGAAUUAUUGAACUGAAGCACUUCGAGAAAGACUUUAGAUCAAAGCAGCUUAUCAAAGAUGCUAUUCUUGACAACGACUUUCUCAAGAAUCUGGAUGCAACGCAAGUUCGAGAAAUCGUUGAUUGUAUGUACGAGAAGAAAAUAUGCCGUGGUCAGCACAUUAUACAAGAGGGUGAAUCAGGACAGCAUCUGUAUGUCUCUGCAGAGGGAGAGCUGGAGGUUCAGAAAGAGGGUCGGACGCUGGGCAGGAUGACACCGGGACGUGCGUUCGGGGAGCUUGCCAUCCUCUACAACUGUACCAGAACUGCCUCUGUCAAGGCGGUGGUUGAUGUAAAGGUGUGGGUGCUGGACCGCCGGAUCUUCCAGGCCAUCAUGAUGAAGACUGGUCUCCAGAGACGAGAGGAGAGCACCAGGUUCCUCAGAAGUGUGCCUUUAUUGAAGAAUCUGCAGAUCGACAAGCUUGCCAAGAUUGCUGAUGUUUUGGAAAUAGACUUCUUCCACGAGGGAGAGUACAUCAUCCGCGAGGGGGCCAAUGGCGACACAUUCUUCAUCAUCAACAAGGGGGAGGUGAAGGUCACUCAGACAAUACAAGGUUAUGAUGAACCGCGGGAAAUCCGCCGAUUGAAACGUGGUGACUACUUUGGUGAAAAAGCAUUAUUAAGCGAAGACUGCCGGACGGCCAGCGUGAUAGCCCAGGCCCCUGGAGUCGAGUGUCUUACCGUAGAUCGAGAAUCGUUCACACAACUGAUAGGGGAGGUGAAUGAACUGAAGAAUCGGGACUAUGGAGAUGAAGCCCGAGGUGCCCAAAGACAGAGCGGCACCGAGACCUCACUGCAGACGUUACAGCAAGAGAAGGUGGAUGCCGAAUUCCGUCACGUCAAAUUAGAAGAUAUUGACAUCAUAGCAACACUUGGCAUGGGCGGCUUUGGGCGUGUGGAAUUGGUUCAGCUGGCCGGAGACAGAAGCAAGACAUUUGCGUUGAAGUGCCUUAAGAAACAGCAUAUUGUAGACACUCGGCAACAGGAGCAUGUGUUCUCCGAGAAGAAGAUCAUGAUGGAGGCCACCACUCCAUUCAUAACAAGAUUGUUCAAGACUUACAAGGACAAGAAGUAUGUGUACAUGUUGAUGGAGGUGUGUCUGGGUGGAGAGCUGUGGACAAUCCUCAGAGACAGGGGGAGUUUUGAUGACAACAUGACAAGGUUCUGUGUGGCGUGUGUCUUGGAGGCGUUCCAGUAUCUACAUAACAAAGGCAUCAUCUACCGAGACCUGAAACCUGAGAACUUACUACUUGACUCCAAAGGCUACGUUAAACUGGUUGACUUUGGAUUUGCCAAGAAAGUUGGCUCAGGUAAGAAGACAUGGACGUUCUGCGGUACACCUGAAUAUGUGGCCCCAGAAAUCAUCCUGAACAAGGGCCAUGACCAUGCUGUGGAUUACUGGUCCCUAGGGAUCCUGAUGUUUGAGCUGCUGACAGGAAGCCCUCCUUUCUCCGGCUCCGACCCAAUGAAGACCUACAAUGUGAUAGUAAAGGGCAUUGAUGUGAUUGAAUUUCCACGGAAAAUUGGACGAAAUGCACAUACACUCAUCAAGAAGCUGUGUCGAGAAAACCCAGCAGAAAGACUUGGUUACGGCAAAAAUGGAAUAAUGGAGAUUAAGAAACACAAGUGGUUCCAAGGCUUCGACUGGGAUGGUUUGAGCAAACACACAAUGGUGCCCCCAAUUCUUCCCAAGAUCAAAGGUCCGGCUGACUUCAGCAACUUCGAUAAUUACCCCGCCGACAUGGACAUUCCACCAGAUGAAAACUCAGGCUGGGACGCUACCUUCUAGAUCACUAUCCACCAUCAUGCCCAUCAUCAUCAACAUCAUCAUCAUCAUCAUCAUCAUCAUCAUCAUCAUCACAGCAUCAUGUACAGACUUCACCCAUCUCCUCAUGCCUUCUCACGCCAUCAGCAGCACUACAUUAUGCAGUCACAUGACAGGGUACACACGUCACAUGAUCUGCCAUGUCACAUGAGAGGGGUCAGUUGCAUCACAUGAUCUGCCUUGCAUGUUGUCACAUGGUAGCCAAGCCUGCUGUGUGCCUGGAUACAAUCAAGUAUAAGGAGGAAUUCUUCUCUAUCAUAAUGUUAUGAAAGUUUUGUAAAUCUGCAUGUAUAGCCAGUCCUUGAUCUCUGGUAAGAUGUAUUGGAUGUUGGACAAGACAGAACCCUGGCUAUGAAGUGGGUGUUGUGUUAAUACCGAUAGGUAAUCACGGGAUGUAGAUUGACUGAUGAACAUGUAUGAGGAGAAACUUGUUACACUGAUGUAGGUGUAUGCUGGGAAAAAUUCCGUUCACUGUGAGAGUUGCUGAUCUCAAAGCAUUUUCAUAAGCUCAUUGAUAUGAUUUCUUUUCGUCUGGACAAUUUAGAUAGUAGGCGAGGUAACUAAAGAUGACAAUUACCGUAAAGUAUAAGGGCUGUUGCCAUUCACUGGGAGGAUCUGGGUGUUUGUGGAUACCGGUACAUUCCAAAACUGUAUGUCAGGGCUUACAUUCCACAACUGUAUGUCAGGGGUUUAUCUACAAUUUCAAACCAAGUGCUUGUGGCUGGGAAAUUGGGGAAAAUAUUGUGAUAAUUGUCUAAAAUUUGAAUGUGUUAUGUUCUUAUGUACGUAAAUUCUGAGAAAUGUAUGAUUAGAUUGCUGCAGACUUGUGAUUGAAUAUCAGCCUGUGAACAGGUCGAGAUAAAUCCCUUGACAUUACUGUAGUAUUUUGAAAUAGUUGUUAUUUUGUUGAUAAGUUCCAUUUUUAACUGUUCAAUACUGAUAUGAUAUACACAUCCUCAGUUGUCCAAACAACAGCAGAUAUUUCUCUUUGCUUAUGAGAUUGCAGAAAUUCUGUGUGUUUCUCCAUGUCACAUGUCUGGUAAACAUACCAAAUCUGCCAAACUCCCCAACUCCUACAUAGAGCAUUGUUCAAGAUUCCAUCAUCAACCACAAGCAGUGACAAAUGUAAUGUUUUUAAAACAUUUUACAGGAUCAACAGUCACCAUGACAAUAUACAUGUUUCAUUGAUAUAUAAUUAAAGAUCAUUAGGAGUUUGGGUUCUAAUUAUUAUUAUUGUUUCACUGCUUUCUGCUUCCAACAUGUUGACAAAUAUGUUCCCUUCCAUCUCACAUACAGAGUUAUCUCCCAUACUGAACAGCAUUUAGAGUGGUCUCCCUUUUUUCCAGUGAUUCUUAGGUUGCUCAUCAAGUUGAGUGUAGUGUACAAGUAAUGACAGCCUGAAGAAGACAUUUCUUUGGGGGCUACAGAUAUUAUAGACCUUUUAAGAUAUUUAGAUUUUGCUAGCAAAGUAUCAAACAUUAGUAAACACUUUUAAAGCCAUGUACGUGUAUUUGCAAAUGUACAUGUGUUGGUUCUUUUCUACAAAUCAGGUUCUCCCAUGGAUGUCAUAAUCAGUAUUAGCAGGACGACAAACUCAGGCUUAGAUAUUACUGUUACCAGUUACCUUGUCACAGUACUGGUAUCUUGACUGACUGACUGACCAAGUCACAUUGACCUGUGACUGUCAACGUACAUCAAAUUACCAGUGUUAUGGGUAUUUCCUAACGAAGUAUUACAUUGGAAUAUGAAUAAAUCAUGUGAAUUGUAAUAAAUAUAUGUACAUUAUUAAAAGCUUUAGUAUUAGGAAAACAAAGAAAAUAUGUUAGGUAAGAUGUUGCAGGUUUGACAGAGUUCUGAUUUUGAAAGACUAUUACGCAAGCCUGAUUGCUAACAGAGCAUUUUAAAAGUUGAUGUCAGUUGAGAAGAAUUGUAAAAACACACACACACACACACACACACACACACACACACACACACACACACACACACACACACACACACACACACAUAUUAACAUUUUGACAUAGAGAAAGAUCAUCAUUCUAAGGAUGAUGGUGCACUUGGAUAAAUGUUAUGAAAUUGCAGCACAACCUUUGAAGAAACUUCAGUACUAAUUCAGAAGGUUGUAUAUGUUUGCUGACAUCCAGACUUGAAAAAAUAACAAGUACUGCCUACUCCACACAGAGGAAUUGCUUUCUCUCUUAUUUGUAUUAGAUAUGGGUUUGAAAGAUCUGCAUGGUAGUGCUUUGAUUAGAAUGAACGUAGCAUAGAAAGCUUGAAUAUUGACAGCAUUCUCAAGUGUGCCAGACCAGCUUGGAUAUGACAUGCUGAUUAAAUAUAUCAGUAUAGUGUUUGUUAUAAAUGAUGUAAAAUGUUUAUCAUAUCUGAUAUUAUUUUUCCUGUGAUAUUGUUGUUAAUGAUAUUUAUUGUGAUACAGAUUUGAUGGCAAGGCUCCUGUUUUACUACAUGCAACAACUCUCCGCAUUGUAGACAAAUGGUUAGACAUGGUAAGAUCUGCAGAAUGUCAAUAUCAGAUCCUUGGAUUGGCGAUGAAAAUUACUUAUGCUGAUAAUAUUGUUUCACCUUUUCAACCUGUGACAAACUUUGGUGUUUAUAAGAUGGAAUUUACAUGCCAGUAAUUUCCAUCCAUACAAGAUGUUGUUAUUUGUUAUAUGAGCAUAUCUCCAUGGGUACAGCUUGUAAUGGGCAUGCAGAAUGAUGGUCACAUGUUAUACAUGUUGUCCCACUGUUUUGCAAAGUGAAAACAUUAGUCUCGAUGUAUGAAAGCCAUCCUAUUUCUUAGUUUGAUUAGCUGAAACAUGACUUACGAUUAAACAUGAUUUAUUUCUGUUUGUUUUUAAAAUACUGUCAACAUGGAGUGACUCAUUCUGUAUCAGUGUAGUAUCAGUUAUCUUACCUCACACAUAAAUGUCGUUUGGCUGAGUGCUUUUCUAUUAUUUUCAAUUCACCGCACUUACAAGCAAGUAACAUUUUCUAUGUUAUUCGCUGGGAAUGCCGAACUGUGGGAAUUCAUUUGGCACUUCAUAUAAUUCUUUAUUUCGAAUAAUUGAUUUACGUAUGAUGUAUGGAAAUUACCGAUGUUUUCCGAAUGCAAAUCCAUGGAAGGGAGAUAACUCAAAAUUUGUUUUUCUUGUCUGCUGGA